AUGAAAGUGUGGUCUCUCGUUCUGUUCGCGGCCUGCGCAGCCAGUUUCCCUUCUUUUGAGCAUGGACAUGGCCACCAAAGACUUCAUGAGAAGACUCUGCAAAACCUUCCAGCUGAGGUUGUGGCACAGCUGAGGGAGCAGCACCAUGACAAACGGCUGUUUAGCUCUUUGGACACGCCCGUUGACAUCACCGGGGAGCAUGCUUUCCAUCCCCCCGACUACGACAACGGCGACCAGCGUGGUCCUUGUCCCGGGCUCAAUGCUCUUGCGAACCACGGCUAUAUCCCGCGGAGUGGUGUUGUUUCGUUCACCGGAGUCGUCGGUGCCAUCAACAAGGUGUACGGAAUGGGCGUUGACCUCGCCUUGAUCCUCGCCACCAUGGGCCUCGUCUGGGUCGGCAAUCCUCUGUCCAUCAACCCUGGCUUUUCCAUCGGUGGGCGUGAUACCGGCGUCAACAACAUCUUGAAUAAUGGACUGGGGCUACUCGGCGAACCACAGGGCUUAACAGGCUCGCACAACUUCAUCGAGUCAGACUCCUCCAAUACGCGCGACGACAUCUACGUGACCGGCGACGCCGCGACGAUGAACAUGACCCUCUUCCGCGAAUGGUACGCAAUGGCCGACGAGAACGGAACCUUCUCUUUGGACACGAUGGCCAAACGAGCCUCGAUACGAUUCGAGCAGACCAAAGCUACGAACCCUGAAUUCUACUACGGACCUGUUACUGGGUUCCUUGCUCGCAAUGCUGGAUUUCUGUUUGCAGGCAGGCUGUUCAGGAACCACUCUACGGAGCAGCCGGAUGGUGUCUUGACCAAGGAAAUCGUGCGCAACCUCUUCGCCGUCUACGGAGAUGAAGACAACCUUGAAUAUCGAAGAGGCUGGGAGCGCCUCCCUGAAAACUGGUACAGGAGGCCCACAGACUGGGGUCUUCUGAACCUCAACGCCGACCUCCUCGACUGGACCAUGAAGUAUCCCGAGCUGUCAAGCAUCGGUGGAAAUACCGGCACCGUCAACAGUUUCACCGGCCUCGACUUGUCCGACCUCACCGGCGGCGUACUUAACGCCACGACCCUCCUCGAGGGAAACAACCUGCUCUGUUUCGUAUUUGAGAUCCUCAAGUUCGCCAGUCCCAACAUCCUAUCCGGCCUUUACCAGACUCUCGCGGUCCCUCUAGACUUCAUCACUAAGGCUCUGGAGAUCCCGCUGCUCGAUCUGGCUUGUCCUGCAUUCAAGGAUAUGCAAGUUGGUGGGAAGCCGGCGUGGGAGGCUAUCCAGGAUUUGUUCCCUGGUGCGGCCAAGAGCACGAGUAUUCUAUAG